CUACCAGUCGGAAAGGUGGUGAACUUUCCGAACUUUUGUGGUUGUUUGUUUACAUGCUGUGCUUGCGUUUCUCUAGCAGGAUAUCACUCGUGCACCAUAUAAUGUCAUAGAAUCUCAGAGCUCGACGGCAAGAUGCCUCUCGUCAUCAACGGUGGUGUGAUCGACCAGCUGCCACCUGAUACAAGGACACUGUUUGAGACCUAUCCGCACUUCAAAGAGAUAUCUGCCGGCUUGACUUCCCAAGUUCCCAAAGUGAUUGGUCCGCUUGGCCUUUUGUACGUUAAGCAACGGGAGUUUGCUGUGACCGUUGCUCAAGACAAAAAUGUCAGCGUACUGGGAACGGACGAAGCCACGACGUGCAUUAUGGCAGUCGUGCGACAUACAGGUUCGGGCGCAGUGGCACUGGGCCAUUUUGACGGGUCUGGUCUAGAACAUGGCGCAGCUGCUAUGGUGAGGAGGGUGCAAGAGCUGUCGCUUCCCGUUCCAGAUGGCCGGUUCGAAGUUUACCUCGUCGGCGGAUUUCUCGAUCGGAGGGCUUACUCCGAGGGACUGGCAACACAGUUGCUCUAUGCAUUUCAUAAGCAGCCGGUCAACCUGCAUCUUAUUACUGCCUGUUUGUGCGAACUGAACAACGUCCUCCGCGGGAAUCUGAACUGGCCCACUAUCUACGGCAUAGGAGUCAACAUCAAAAGCGGCGAAAUAUUCCCAGCGACUUUUCCCGACAAAGGACCCGAGCUGCCACUUCGAUCGGCCAGGCAUUUUACCGGUUGUCACGAGAUGAAUGACAUCUACGAUUGCUCGUUGGGAAUGAUGCGAAUCGGUCCCUUCAACUACGAGCCCAUGCGGGGUGUGGACCUUUGGCUUGCUCAGAAUGACGACUUCAUCCUGCAGCACCUGUCGACGUCGCCUGAGGUCGAGUCCCCGAUGUUUGUCAUGCAAGUCCGGGCGGCGCUCAAGUACAUCCAGCAACACCCAUUUCCGGGAGUCACGGUGUUUCCGGACAACCGGCCCCACUACUUCCGCAAGGACGAAGGGGGAGCUUGGAUCCCAGUGUGCUACUGAAUCGGCCUACGCACCUGUUUUGUGGCGGCAGCGUCUCCGUUGUACUGUGCCGUUUGAGAGGUUGAAAGACUCGUAAAAGUUUUGUAGGGUAAUACUCCUCUCGUUCAUCACAAUCGCAGUUCAUUUGACUGCUGUUUGCUUGUUUACAUCUGUAGUCUUUAUCAAGACCUACUAGAUUAAUAGCGACCGUGUCAUGGGAACCCCUUCCCAGCACCGCAUUUGGAAGCCAGCGGUGGCGCUACUUAUUGGCCCCGUUAUUGCUCUCUCAAUGUCUACAAUACUUUGUACUUCGGCUUACCUUAGUAUUUUUGUACGAGCGGAGGAUGUCGCACGGGAGAUGCUCUUUUCUAAAGUUGAUUAUCAUCAUCAUUCUACACGUGUUCAUAGAAGCUGUUGCUGUCGUCUGCUACAGUGAUCGUACGUCGGCUUCUACGCAUUCAAAAUUCAAAUUUUGUAUUGUCCAAUCACAAUGUAGAUCUCGCGGGCCGACGAUUAGCGCCCCUAGCGGAUCUUGCGGACGGGCUCGUCAUAAGGGUCGCCGAAUGUGACGUGGUCGUUAUAGUCGAAUAGGUCGUGGUCUUUAGCAUUGAAACUAUGUCCAAAAUAUAUGUGCAACGAAACGGUAGCACUGCAGUUAAACUGCAGCAUUGUUCUUUUUCUCGAGGUGAAGUUCAUACAGGGCUGCUUUGUCCUGUUUUUUCGCAGACCUCUCUGUGGAGAGAAUGGAUAGAGCCUAAUGCAGUAAAAGCAACAACUUUAUUUAAACGAUGACAUAUGGGGAGUCAAUAAUUUCGGCAGUAACUUUUGUGAGGGCCUAAGUUUGCACCCUCAAUUGUUUUUUUUUUUUUUUUUUCCAAGAAAUUAAUGCCAGCAAAAUAUUAGUCUGUCUUAAAAAAAACAAAAAAAAGCAAAGAGGGCAUUGGACUGCAACAAACCAGUUUAAAAAAAAUGGUGAUGUAAUGCCCCACUUUUGUUUUUGAAUACUGAAUUUUGCUAAACAGUGUCUGCAUCUCAGUGUUUCAAACAUGAUUCUCAAUAGUGUUUUUUGUCAUACGAGUGCGACUUGAUUUCAUGCCACUGAAAUAGAACGCAACAUGUCACGAGUGAGCAUUCGGGGGCUUUAAAAGUAUGAGACUUCGUCAAGAAGCGUUGCGAGGAGACAUUCAGAAAACUUUGUUCUGUGUGAACGUACAUGAUAUAUUUAGCUGCGUACAAGAAAUGCGGUUUGCUGCAAACGUAGAGCAUUUGAUACGAAUCACAGCUUUCCGCUGUGUGUCAGAAGACUCUGAGGAAGUGCCUUUGUAAAAGUUGAUCCAAGUGCAGCUUGUAAACUGCUCAGUAUAUGAGCGUGCAUUGUUAUGGUGCUACUGCAAUUUCAGUGAAUCGAAGGGGCUUGGUGCCAAUAUCAGCUGGAGUGGUUUCAGCUACGGCAAAUUGAGACACGUUUUUACAAGUGUGACUUUUGUUGCCUUCAUUGAGGUGUGAGCCACACACUUAGUGCAUAAAUAUACGUACUACUCGGUUUUUUAUGGCUUUCUUAGAUCACAGAUUUACAAUACUCAUUUUACUGGUUACUACGAGGUGCAAGUGUAACAUAAGGAGUGCAAUUAGCCUAAGAUCGCAACAUCUUAAAGUGCACCCAUUAAACAAAAGCGGGAACACUGUAACGGGAUCGGAAAUUUUAAAAAAUAUAUAUAUAAUAAAACCUGAUAUCACAAGGACCUACUCCUUGUGAUUUCAGAUUUUUAUAUUUUUUGAAAAUUUUGGGACAAAAAUCAUGUUUCCUUUUGGGAGCUGUACAAUAGGCAUUUAGUGCAUGCCAGUUGUUGUGUCUUAACACUUUCAUCAAUCAUGUAAAAAGAUUUCAGUGCAAUCUCAGCAACUCCUUCUCAAAACCGUUUGUAAAACAUGCCGUCUUCCUUGCUUCAAAUUGCAGUCAGGCUAGGUGUGUUGCUUAGGAUACCAUAGAACCCCAUUCCACAAGCACAUCAUUCCACGGUUAAUACCAGCCUCCACUCAUUAUUAGUGCUAAGCUUGACACAUUCUUGUGCAAAAAGGCUUGGGUGCUGCCUCUUCCUAUUUUGAAGUGGAGGGAACGAUGCAUCUGUUGCUUCUGACACAGAUUUUAUCUUAUCCUGCAACAUGAAACUCAAUUUUGCUACCGUCAUGUUACGAGCCACUCUUAUAAUUCAUCUGCGUUUCCAAGUUGUAUCAUUGUUGUGGUGCUGAUCACAAAUGUGCAUAUAUUGUGCCUGACUCUCCAAUAUUUUUAUUGCAUCUCUUGCGUGUUGCUACCUACGUCGCGAUUUUUUUGUUUUGUUUUGCGUAAGUUGCGUUGAUACUGAAGAUGGUUCUACUGGUGCAAUGGGCAUAUUUUUGUGUCAUUUGUCGUAUCAUUAAAGUUCAUACUUGUUCACGAAAA